GUGAGGUUGAAGGCCGGCUGAUCAGAAGACAUGAUAUGUUAAAAGAAGCAAUAUUCCGCGAUAGAAAGCGAGUGUAGAUACUGUAACGAGGCGUGGUUUACCCCAGGAAAACAACACCCCAACGGGUCUGCGAAUCCGCGGUUUUUUUCCUCUUUUUGGGGCGGAAGGGCAACUCCCGCGGCUGGCGUCGAUCGAUUAAAUGCAGAAAUAAUCCCGCCGUUUCUCACCUUUCGUUCUUCUUCUUCCUCUUCUUCUCUUCCACGCUCUCCCUGCUUCUCUACUUUCUUUUCCUUUCUUUCGCUCUUCUUCUGCUGGAGCGCCUGUCAAGAUGAGCGCCUUCUCCUCCGAGAACAUCAAUGGGGUCUAUAUCCCCUCGGCCCUUCUGAUUUUCGGUACUUUCAUCGUGAAGCAGGAAUGGGUUCCUUUCGCAGUGGCGGUGGCUGCUGUUUUGGCCGGAGUGAAGCUUUUCACCGGCUCCAGCAACAAGCCCAGAAAGGUUCUCAACCCAACGGACUUCCAGUACUUCGUGUUGAAGGAGAAGAAUGAUAUCUCUCACAACGUGACCAUUUACCGUUUCGCCCUGCCCCAGCCCACUGACAUCUUGGGUCUGCCGAUCGGUCAACACAUUUCCCUCGCCGCCACCAUUGACGGCCAGCAGAAGGAGGUCGUUCGCUCCUACACUCCCAUCUCCUCCGACAAUGAGGCCGGUUACUUCGAUCUCCUCAUCAAGGCCUACCCUCAGGGUAACAUCUCUCAGUACCUGACUGGUUUGCGACCCGGCCAGACCAUGAAGGUGCGCGGUCCCAAGGGCGCCAUGGUCUACACCCCCAACAUGUGCCGUCGCAUUGGUAUGAUUGCCGGAGGUACUGGUAUCACCCCCAUGCUGCAGAUCAUCAAGGCUAUUAUCCGCAACCGUCCCCGCAACGGUGGCAAGGAUACCACCCAGGUUGAUCUGAUCUUCGCCAACGUCAACCCCGAUGACAUUCUGCUCAAGGACCAGUUGGAGGAGCUCGCCAAGGAAGACGAUGGAUUCAACCUUUACUACGUGCUUAACAACCCCCCUGAGGGCUGGACUGGUGGUGUCGGAUUUGUGACCGCGGAUAUGAUCAAGGAACGCCUCCCUGCCCCUGCCAACGACAUCAAGAUCCUCCUUUGUGGUCCUCCUCCCAUGGUCUCUGCCAUGAAGAAGGCCACCGAGGGUCUCGGAUACACCAAGGCCCGCCCCGUCAGCAAGCUCGAGGACCAGGUCUUCUGCUUCUAAUUUUGCGGAAAGCUUGCCUUGGGUUGUUUUAUGCGAGGAUUGACAGUCCUCUAAUUUUCAAUGGCAGCAACCGCUUAUAGCAACCUGCCAUUCUCUCCGUCUGCGAUGCGUGAUAACUAUUUGAUAGAUAGAAAAGUUUAGGUGGCCUGGCGC